AUGCCACUGUAUAUUCCUACUGAUCCUACUUUUGAUUCCCAGGAAUUAAUUAUAACCAUACCCAUAAAUCUUGCCCUGGGACAUUCUUACUAUUAUUUCAGGGUCUUCAGCGGAUAUUUGGUCUUAGGAAAAAGUAAACCGAAAUCUGACGAUGAACCUGUUACAAACCAGGACUAUGGUUACCAGGGUCCUAAAGUUGAUAUUAAGAGUUUAAACUGGCACAAGAUUAAUGGACCUUUUGUUUCAAUUUGGCUUCAUAAUGUACCAUGGGGAGGUGAAGAUACUAUGGCAGCCCCUGAUGCUCGGUUUUCCGAUGGUUGUUUGGACCUGAUCAUGAUAAAGGACUGUCCCAAGUUAUCCUUGCUAAUGUUGAUGAAUGGAUUGAACGAUGGAAGCCAUGUUAAAUCUCCACAUGUAUCUUACCUGAAGGUGAAGGCAUUCAUUUUGCAGCCCGGCCCGAGAGUUGAUGACCAGGCAAAAUCCGAGGAAAAGACACUAAUGAGUUAUGACAAACCACUCAUUAAAGUCGAUCAAGGAUUGGCUACUUUAUUUGCAUCUAGUCUUGAUUUGGCCGAUCUAAUACCUAUUCCUCGAGAUUGA